GGGCAUCACUUUUAGCGGCAGUUCCCAAUUCAAUCACCUGUCGCCAAACACAAGACGAUUCGCAUCACGUCCAUCCUCUCAAACUCCUCGCUUGUGAAUUGUCGGCGUCAACAUCACAAAUUUCAAGCUCCUCCUAUUGAUACUCAUCCUCAUUCUUCCAGCAAAUACCACCGGCGGCGUCGCCAUAGUCUGAUCUUCUACUUUUUGCUCCUCCGGCUGGACGCAUCUGCCCUCUGCGCCUCUGGCCGUGCCUUCCUUCCCCGCGGAUCCACAUCGUCGGAAUUUCAGAAGGUCGCAGGCGGUCACCACCAUCCUCGAACAUCCUGUCUCAACCACCACCACCCGAAUUGAAGGACAUCUACUACCAACUUCACUGGACCUGUUGGACCUGGCCAUCUGGACGGUCCUUGCAGCCUGAAGUCAGCUUCUCUUUUUGGAUCGGUUAGCAUCCCUUAACUAACAACACCUCAAGGCUAUCUCGUUCAACCUUCCCUGCGCGGGUGGGUUGGACGCGGUAAUUCCUUGACCUCAUUCAUUCUCUAAUGGGGUCUUCAAGGCGGCACAGUCACGUCCAGGUCGACAUCACCCACGUUCGCUCCCGAUCCCCUUCCCCGGGCUCUCCAGACGACGAGCUUCACGAAAACGGCGUUCAAGUCUCCCCCGCGGAAAUAUCUCCCCAAUACUCUGUCAUCCAGCCUACCCAGAGUCAGAGUGGCUCCUCCUCCCAUCCUGGCGAUUUUGUACAACUGGACUACCCCCACGAACUGCAAGAAGGCGAUGGCUCCGACUCGGCCUCAAGAGUAGAUCAUCGAGAUAGAGCACAACAAUACGACUCCAGGUCAAACUCCGCUCGGCGACAACCAGAUCAUCGUCAACAAGCCAUCCGCCACCCUACGAAUAGCCGAACGAGAGAACUGCGGGAGACCGCACCCACGGAAAGCGGUGACUCAACGGAAGAGUUCCUGCGGACAGACCUAGAUCCUCGGAUGCCUCGUCCUCAAUCAUACUAUGGGCCAAACCCGUAUCCUCACAGCAGUUCUUCUGGCUCAUAUGCGUACCCCGCUGUGCCUCAUUCUGGUCAGAUGAUACCUCUCCAAGCGCAACCCAUGGCAGUGCCUUAUCCAGCCCAAUAUCCUCCCAUGGCCCCCGGUCAGCCAGUACAAUAUCCACCGCCGUCAGGAUAUUCUGGUGGGUACCACCACGCUCCGUCCCAAGUCACCUCCCCUUACACCUCUCCUUAUGGCGCACCGACGAUGGUUAGUUACGCUGGACCUCCCGGCGGUGGCUAUUUCCCUCAAUAUCCUCCUCAAUUCGGUCCGCAACAAUACCCUCCCCAGUACCUUCAAUAUCCCCAGCAAAUGCCUUACCCUUACCUGGACUAUCGCAUCCCACCCCCAAUUGCACCCUCUCCACAGCCUGGCUCCCUGAACGUCUCAGCCGACAAGUUCGAAGUGAAGAAAGAUGCGGACCCUGAAGAAAUGUUCAAGCGAUUUGCGGAUAUGAUGAAAGAACAGAAAGCUCAGUCAGAUUUAAGCAAAGAAGCGCAAGCUGCCGAGAAGGCCAAAGCUGAUGCCGCGCUGGCGGAACAGGAAGCUCGAAUUCGACAAGAUGCUUUGCGACAAGCCGAAGAGAAGGCGCGACAAGAUGCCAUCCGUGCCGAAGAAGAGAAGCGUAUUCGGGAUCAUGCUCUUAUACAAGCCGCUGAUAAGGCGAGGGCUGAGGCUGCAGCUGCAGCAGCACGUGCCGAAGAAGAGAGACGCAUUCGAGAAGAAGCCAUACUGGCCGCAGAAGCCAAGGCUCGUGCCGAUGCUGCCGCUCUGAAUGAAAGAAUGGAAGCAGAACGGCGCAUUCGAGAGGAAGCAAGACAAGAGGCUAUACGAGCCUACGAAGAACAGGUUAGGAAAGCUGCCGAGCAAGCUGCCCGAGAGCAACAAAUUCGCAAGGAAGCGGCUGAAGCUGCGUUGAAAGCAGCAGCCGAGGAGGCCGCUGCAAAGGCGGAUAAGGCUGCCGCCGAGAAGAAAAUAGCUGACGAAGCUGCAGCUGCUGCCAAAUCCCAGGCCGAGAAGGAGGCUGCAGAGGCGGCGGCCGCGGCACAAGCAGAGGCCAAAAAGGCGCAAGAGGAAGCUGAAGCCAAGUUGAAAGAAGCAGAGGCCGAGGCGGCGAAAGCAAAAGCAGAAGCCGAAGAAGCGGAGAAGAAGGCCGCAGCUGCAGUACCUGCGGAGAGGAAGGCUCCUGUCAGGUUCAAAGAUGCCAUCGGACGCAACUACAACUUCCCUUGGGAGCGAUGUUGCCGGUGGAGAGAUAUGGAGGGUCUGAUAAAUCAAGCAUUUGCACAUGUUGAGGGCCUCGCAGAACCUGUGAUGGCUGGACGUUACGAUUUGAUCGGACCUGACAAAGAGAUCAUCAUGCCCAAUUACUGGGAAUCGACUAUUGAGCCCGACAUGAACAUUACUAUGAUGUUGUGGCCGGUUCCAGAACCAAAGAAGGAGGAUCAGCCACCGCCACCUCCUGAAUUGGACACCGACGGUAUUCUGAUGAUGGAUGACAUCCUCAAUCCGAGAGAAAGGAGAAAGGGAAACGGCAAGAAGAAAAAGCCAGGAGGACUAGCCGCAUGGAUGCUAGGAGGCGCCCCUAGUCGUUCCUCGCGGUCUUUAAAAGGUGAAAAAAAGCCUGAUGUAGCCGCUCGUUCGCAGCACGGUGCCGCUGAACAAGGUUCAUGCACCGUUAUGUGAGCGGCUGUGCUUGUGUUGGCAUUGUGAAUCGGAUACGUUGGGUUUUCCGGGUGGCGGAAUGGUUCGGUGAGGAACGACGAAGAGGUGAAAGCUCGGGUGGCACGAUUGAACUUUUCAUCCAUCGCAGCACUGCACACUUCUACUACAGUCAUGACUCUCGGUUCUUUCCCACUCGAAUCACCAAACGAGGACGAUUCAUGACAUCGACAUGAGAUGGCCUCUCGCAUUGGCUACAUCAGGAGGCAUGGCUUUAUCCUCCCGAAGACUCGGGAUCGGUUUUUCAUGCCUCAAGGAGAUGAGACGCAGUUGAUGAAAACAUUCACUUAUUUUGUGACGAUUGAUGAAAAACGGCACCAAGCGGGAGUUUUGAUUUAUCUUUGGUAUCUAGCGAUAUUGUGGACUGAAAGAGAAUGUCGCAUUUGAAUGGUGUGCUGCGGUUGAGCGACAAUCGAUGAAUGUCAUACAAGAGGAUGUUGGAGUACCUGAUGUAUUCUCAGGUUCGGGCGUUUGUUCUGGUGAAUUCGAUUCGAGAUACCCCCAAUGCAUCAAGGAAGGGUCGGUGUCAUGGCUGGCCAGAAACACCACUUUUUCCACUCACCAUUAGAGGUGAUAUAGCAAUGAGAUCAAUCGCUUUCAUGAUGAGA